AUUACAGAGCCUGACGUUCACAUACGCCUUUUCUCUCUCAACAGCUGCUUGAAAUUCAUAGAGAGAGGACAGAGGAGUGGGUUUAAGAGAGAGAAAGAGUAGUUCUCUCUUCUCUGUGAGCUUUAGAGAGAGAGAGAGUUUCAAAUACAGUUUCAGAUAGAGAGUGAAUUAGGUUGUGAGAAGCUUAGGGUUUCGUGGUUGGGAAAAGACUGGUUUUUUGGGGUGUGAGAUCGUCAAAAUUUAUGGAAUUAGGGUUUUGAAAGAUCAGUUGUUUUGUUUUGUGGGCGGUAUUUUUUUGUUAUUGUAGUUUAGACCUAAUUUUCUAGCGUUUUGAAAAAUUAAAUAUUGGUUUUGCCUUUUGGUGUGCCCUAAUGUGAGUGAAGCUGUUGUUGGGGCUAGGGUUUGUGUGGUUUCACCAUGGGGAGCACAGGUGAACCAGACCGAAAACGACGUCACUUUAGCUCUCUGUCGCCCACGGCUGCUACUGCUAAGAAGAUGCCAUUCUUGCCCGUAUCUGAAGAUAAAAAGCUUGAUACUGCUGUACUUCAGUAUCAAAAUCAAAAGCUAAAACAGAAGUUAGAAGCUCAGAAGGUUGAGUGUUCUGCUCUUGAGAAUAAGUUCAGCCAACUGAAGGAGACACAACAGUCAUAUAAUACCACAUUAACACUGGUUAAUAAAACUUGGAGAGAGCUGGUUGAUAACUUGGAAACAUGUUCUGUCCACCUAAAGGACUCAGCAAGUGCUGGACGACAUGUUAAACUUCCUUCAACAACAGAGGAUGGAAACUCUUGCUUACAGGAUGCUUUUCUCAGCCGGCUCAUAGAAACGGGUGCAACUGAAAGUUGCUCUGCAAAUGACUUUUCUGAUCGGAUGGAAGAAGACAGACCAACAUCCUGUGGAAAGACUAAGAACAGUUUAAGUAAUAUUGUAUCUACCAUUAAUGAUCUGUGGUGUUUGAAGGAUGGAUUAUAUGCCGCAGUUUUAGAGGCACUUCCAGAAGAUGGUUUAUGCAACAAAAAGAUAUCCAGUGAUUUACAUGCAGAAGUUAAUAACAUGAGAUUGGCAUUUGGUGAUCUUCACUUGAAGCACAAAUCAGUCACAAGGGACAUGCAGAGCCAUCGGGACAUAGAUGCCAAGAAUAAGGCUGAGCUUAAACGUUUAAGAGGGGAAUUGGAGAGCACUGUUGCAGAGCUGGAAGAAAGUAAUUGUAAAUUGGUAACUCUUAAAGCAGAGAGAGAUGCAGCUAAAGGGGCAUUUUUCCCCAUCUUAAGCUUGGGGAGUAAAAAUGUUGCAGGAGAUAAGGCCAGAGAUAAACAAAAAGAUCUGCAUGAUAUGGAGGCUACACUCAAGGAGCUAUUGGACCAAUCUUCAUCUCGCCUACUAGAACUGAAGGCUCUUUAUGAAGAAAGGAUAGGAAUAUUAAAGCAACUAUCUAAUUUGCAGAACACUUUGAAGAAUGUGAAGUGCAUUUCGUCUUCUUCAGCCUAUGUCUUGGUAACAGAUCAACUGGAAAAGUCGAAAGCAGAAGUUGUCCAUUAUCAGGCCUUAUUUGAGAAACUACAGGUUGAGAAGGAUAACCUUGUCUGGAGGGAAAAGGAAGUGAAUAUGAAAAAUGACUUUGUUGAUGUUUUUCGAAGAUCUUCUGUAGUUACUGAUUCUAGAUUAUCAGAGCUCAGAAUAGAGAUACAGAAUCAAAUUAAUGAAAGAAACCUGAUUGAAAUUAAGCUGGAAGAGGCAUCAAGAGAACCAGGAAGAAAAGAAAUCAUUGCAGAAUUUAAAGCCCUACUUUCUUCAUUUCCUGACAACAUGGGCACUAUGCAAAAUCAACUUCGUAAAUACAAAGAGGCUGCUUCCGAUGUUCACUCUCUGCGGGCUGAUGUGCAGUCUCUAUCCAGUGUUCUUGAGAGGAAGGAAAAAGAGUUGGAAACUUUAUCCACUAGAUCUGCUGACCAGGUUGCUGAUAUACGGAAGUUGCAAGCUUUGAUUCAGGACUUGGAGGAGAGUGAUAUACAAUUGAAGCUUAUUUUGGAAAUGUAUAGAUGUGAAUCUGUUGAUUCAAGGGAUGUCUUAGAAGCUAGGGAUAAAGAAUACAAGGCAUGGGCUCAUGUGCAAAGCCUCAAGUCUUCUCUCAAUGAGCAUAGCCUGGAAUUGCGAGUUAAAACAGCAAUUGAAGCUGAAGCCUUAUCUCAGCAAAGGCUAGCUGCUGCUGAAGCGGUGAUUGUUGACCUGAGACAGAAGUUGGAAGCUUCUAAGAGGGAUAUGUUUAGACUCUCAGAUGUCCUGAAAUCCAAGCAUGAGGAAAAUGAAGCCUACUUAUCUGAGAUAGAAACAAUUGGGCAGGCAUAUGAUGAUAUGCAGACUCAAAACCAACACCUAUUGCAGCAAAUCACUGAGAGAGAUGACUAUAACAUUAAGCUUGUUUUAGAGGGUGUGAGGUCAAGACAGCUGCAGGAUUCUCUACUGAUGGAAAAACAAACCAUGGAGAGGGGAUUUCAACGAGCCACUACAUCUCUUGGUUUUUUUGACAUGAAAGCUGGAAGAAUUGAAGAUCAGUUGAAGAUGUGCUCAGAUCAGGUUCAAAAACUUGCAGAAGAUAGAUUGCAAAGCUUAGGUACUUUGGCUAAUUUCCAAAAAAGGUUACUGGAUGUGACUAGAUUAUCUCAGCAAGCAAGGGAGUCACUGGAGGAAUCACAAUCCAAAGUCGACAAGAGUCGAGUUAGUCUUGGAGAGCUGCAGAUUGAACUAGAGAAAGAGAGGUUUGAAAAGAAAAGAACAGAGGAGGAAUUGGAAGUUGUAAGGAGAAAGGCUUCACGUCUUAGAGCACAGACAGAGGGGUCAUCGAUUGUGGACAAGCUUCGACAGGAACUCAGAGAAUACAGGGAUAUACUGAAGUGCGGUAUAUGCCAUGAGAGGCCAAAAGAGGUUGUCAUCACAAAAUGCUAUCACUUAUUCUGCAAUCCCUGUGUGCAAAGAAUUAUUGAAGCUCGUAACCGCAAGUGUCCUGUAUGUUCUGCAAGUUUUGGGCCCAAUGAUGUCAAACCCGUUUACAUCUGAAAGGGACCAGGGAAACUGUGCUCUCUGCUGCUCAUUUAUGGGAUUAACACCAGCUUCUUUUGGUGGAAUGUGGAAAGUCCCUACGUUUGGUACCCUUCAGGUUCAUGUGUAUUGUUUAUCUUAGAGACAGAUACAUUGACCUGAAUUGGUGGAAGUUCCUACCCGCCUUGAUUCAACCAGCACAAAUCAUCAUAGAUUUGGAGUCGUGGUUAUUGAUUUUCAAGUAGUUUGUUGAAUUUCACUGUACUUAUGAUGUUUGUCUCUUUAUUUAAUUUUACUGCUUGGAGCGACUGGAAUCUUUGAAUUUAUUAUUUGCAGAUUUUAUCAGAACCAAUCCAAAAGCUAUAUGUGAAGGCCAAUGGAGGUUGGACAACCAUAUAAUUGAAUAAAAAUAUUGUUGCCUAAAA